CUAAGUUGAUUCCCAAAAAAAUAAAAACUCACCGACAAGCUAAACACAAUUGCGGCGAUUUGUUAAUGAUGAAAAAAACGCGUAAGAAAACGAGCCACAUCACAGUCCUCUUCCAAGAUUCUCUCUGCGACUUACCACUACUACUAGUAGUUAGUUACUGUGUGUACACAACACAAAACUCAGCGAGACAAUAGAUCAAACACAUCAUGAUCAUCACAAUGCCUUCAAAAAAAACCUCCUCACUCUCCCUCCUCCUCAUUCUCAUUCUCAUUUUCUUUUUCUUCACAACAAACUCCCCUCCCUCUCCACCCCUCUCCAUCACACGUAGAUCACUCCUCACAUCAUCGUGCUCCUCCACCAACCCUAACUCCAACGGAAUCAUCAACUACCACUGCAUUUUCCCCCAAACUCCAUUCCUCUCCAUCGCAUCUCUCUCCAUCCUCCUCAUCCUCCAUUUCUACAUCCUCAUCAAAACCGCACAACACCAUUUCUCAAUCCUAACCACCAAACUCGCCUCUCAUCUCAAUCUCUCCCCUAGCAUGGCCGCCGUCACGUUACUCGCUCUCGGUAACGGCUCUCCCGACGUUUUCUCGUCUCUCGCCGCUCUUCGCGCCGGUCAGUAUCGUACCGGCUUCGGCGCGAUACUAUCCGCCGGAGCUUUUGUUUCUGCUCUCGUUGUAGGUUUUGUCGCGAUCUACGCGGCUCCGUUUCCCGUCGAUCCGGCGCCGUUUGUUAGAGAUGUUUUGUUUUACUUAACCGCUGCUAUGUUUCUGUUUUACGUUUAUCUUAGUGCGGAGAUUUUUCUUUGGCAAGCCGUUGGAUUCGUUGCGUUCUAUCUCUUCUUUGUUGGUUUUGUGUUUUACAUGGAUUUAGGAAUCGUGAAUCGGAGGGAAAAGAGUUCUGCGGAUCUUGAGGGACAGGUUGAAUCGUAUUACGAUGAGAAAUCGCUGGGAUCUGGAGAAAAAGAGAAGCACGCUUCUGGAUUGAGUGGAUCUUUUCGAUUGAUUUCUAAAGCAUGGGAGCUUCCUGUCUUGACUCUUUUAAGAUUGACAAUCCCUCAACCAGCACCAUCACAAUGGAGCAGAUUUUAUGCAUCAGCCAAUAUUGCUCUUUGUCCACUAGCCCUCUUGUAUGCAUGCAACUCAUUCAUGCCACUGAAUCAUCCCAUAGUCUUCCUCCUCCCUAAUACUCUUUUUCCUCUCUGGUCCGUAGUGCUCAUGACAAGCUUCUCUCUUGCGUUUCUUCAUUUUGUGUUGGAAAAAGAACCCCCCAAAACAGAACAUUUGCCUGUGGUGGUUGUGGCAUUUGUUAUGAGUGUGUUUUGGAUAUCUACCACUGCUGGAGAGCUGGUGAAUUGCCUCGAAGCUUUAGGCACACUUCUCAAACUGUCACCAGCAUUCCUUGGUCUUACAGUGCUAGCAUGGGGAAAUUCGGUCGGGGAUCUUGUUGCCGAUGUUGCAGUUGCUAAAGCUGGUCAUCCAGCAAUGGCAAUGGCAGGAUGCUUUGCUGGACCGAUGUUUAACAUGCUUGUUGGUCUUGGAACUGCUUUGGUCAUACAAACGACAAAUAUAUACCCUAAAGCCUAUGAACUUAAUUUCCAUGUGGGUAUAGUGAUUGCAUUUGUGUUCUUGCUAUUAAGCCUCAUGGGGUCUCUUUUGGUAAUCACUUGGUCUCGAUUCCGAGUGCCUAGGUUUUGGGGAUUCUGUCUCGUGGGCCUCUAUAUUGCUUUUAUGGCGUUGAGUAUGGUAGUAGCCAUUUUUUCAAGUUGAUUGCUUCUAGGAAGAUUUAGAUAGGCAUGUUCAAAAAACCCAGUUCUCUUGAACCAUAUUUAAAAACCAAUCUGGAACGCGUUACAAAUACUAAACCAUUUAAGAAGAAAACUGGCCUAUUCAGUUUUGUGCUAAAAAUUCAGUUCUAUUCCCAGUUUGAUACCUGAUUUUACCUCUUCUCUCGUAGACUCUCACUCGAAACUCAGAUUCAUAAAUCACAGAUGAACCCUAACCCCUAAUUUGAAACCAAUUCUCUUUGAUUUCUCGAUGUAAUUCCUUAUUAAUCCAACUCAUUGCUCGUGAUUCCAUCCACACAUUCUCAAAUGCUCCUGAUUUUGUUUAUUUGAGUUCGUCCUCAACUCAAAUUCAUUCAUGCUCUAAGCUCUUUGAUGGGGCUCUGUCUCUUGAUUUCAUUCAUUCACGUGAUAUUCUCUUCAUUCUCCGUCAAAGAUUAAGCUUCCUUCCCUUGAAGCUCGGUUCCUGACUGAAGCUUUUUCAUACACCUGAAGCUUUUUCUCAUCAAAGUUCACUCUCCUGAAAGUCCGAAGGUAUUACAAUGCUCACUAUAAGUGUCAAAUGUAAAACAGAGAUGAAAAUGGUUUCAACUCAAAAAGGUUCAGGCAACAGAACAAACUCUUCUCAAUUAUGAAGAAUACGCAGGAACGAUGCUAAACAUAACAAGUAUUGUCUCGACCAAAAUUGUUUCACCCUAUCAAGAAAUGUUGGAAGUACGUGAAGAGCAUGAGGGGUAGCAAAGGGUGGCUUUUAAUGGCUCAACGGAAAGUGGAACCGAAAGUGUAACACUGUAUUUGAAACCUGGAAAUGUGUUGCAAGUGUGUCUUGGAAGUAGGGUUGUGUAAAAGAUCUGGUUACGAGGCCUGAACCCAUAACCAGAUUCAGAUUUGUUUUAAAAAGAUUAAGUAAAUGGUUACCAACCGAUCCAUUUCCAAUUGCUUGGAUAUCCGCCCAUCAUUUAUUUUCCAAUCUGGUUGUUAUCUAGUUGUAUGGCUGUUAUGCUUCUGUCUGCUAUCGAAGUCAUUCAUAAGUCAUGAGUCAUACAUAAAUUCAUGGAAGGAUGGAAUACCAUUGUAUGUCCCAGAAAUCUCUCUUUGGAAUUAAGGUAGGUGAAUAUAUUGAACUAGACCUUGGAAUGGUAAAAGAUUCGGCGGUAUUCGAGAUAUGCAACCCGCCACAGUUUCAAUUCGAUUCAGUUUCCUUGAGAAUGAACAUGAGGGUUACUACACGUUCUCAAUUAGGAAACGAUCUUUGUUUUCAAGACUCAAUGUGAAUUCAUUAGGCAAUGUGAUUUCAUUAGGUGAACUGGUGGUUAUAUGGAAUGCUGAAAUUUGUGUCGAAGGAAUUAUUUUUGUACUGGUUAUGCUAUUAGAGAUUUUUAAUGGAGGAAGUGGUGUUGAUGAUUUC